AUGGCUUUACGCUUCCGGAAUGUCAUCCCAUAUGCCAUACCUGGAGUGCUGGCGCUUCUUGGCUGCUGGUGGACCUAUUCGCAUAGAAAAAAGCAGGCAAGCUAUCAUGACAAACAAGUAAUAGCCAUUGAAGAAGAGCAGCUGGAAGAAUUGCCAGAGAAUGAGUCAUCUCCCAAAACAGAAGCAUAUGUUCAUGGAGGACUGCGCCUCUCACUGGAGGAGGAAUGCCCAGAGAAUGAAACCUCGACCUCCCUGCUGUCAGCAGGGUUGACAACGCCCUCUCUUCUGUGUCAAACUCAUGAGAGGCUAGAGCUCUCACAGGACCUUCCAGACCUGUCAGUAAUGACAGUUCAGCCCAGCACCCCUGAGGACGACAGUGAAAAGCUAGAAACAAUAGGAUCUCAAGAUGAAAGCAAUGUCCCUGCUUGUGUUUGUCUCCCUCUGAUCUCAAAGGGCACAGAGUGUCACGGCAGUGCUGCCGUGAGCCUUAUGCAGGAUUCAAGCUCUAGUGCAAACCAAGAUCAGUGGCCAUCAGCGACACUGAUGCAAGAGUCUUUGGGAAUCACGGAGAUCAGCAAUGCAGAGCAGCCAGAUGAUUCUUCGUUUAAGCCCCCUAAGGAAAGCCAGAGGCCAGAAAUUGUGCUGUUGGAUACUGGCUCUGUGACAGCCCUUUGCUUGGGAUUGGAGAAGGAAGCCAAUACCCCGCAAGCCUUUCUCAGUAAUGAAGAUGAAGUUGUAUCAAGUCACAAUGAUUCUGCAGUGAGCGUGUUACUGGAUAGUUUGGAGCCUGCCUGUUUGGAGCCGUCCAGGGAAGAAGAGAUGUCUGAGUCAAUUACCAGCAGUGUACCUGUGCAUCGGGAGGAGGACACAGAGAUAAAAGGAGAUGAAUUGGAAAGAGAGAAGAUUGGAGGAGUGAGUUUGGACAAGGAAAAAGUUGAGAAAAUUGAGCAAGUAGCAAAAGAGAUCAUUUCUAAGGUCAUUUUGGCAGCAACUGAGGAAGUGCUGUCUGGUUCUGGUGAUGCAUCCACUUUUAUCCAUUUAUCCAGCCCUGUUCAGGGAGACACAAAAGACUGUUCAGUGAAGAACCGUGUGUGCAGUGAGUCCCAAGGAGUUGAUUGGACUCCUAUGGAAAACCAUGGACGGUCACUGGAGAAGUCGCCUUUGCCUUUGGUUACGGAGGACUCUGGGUGCAGCACAUACGCAUCUGAAAGUGGGACAGUUGUGGAGGACCCUUUGCAGAUCACGAUGCUGUCUGUUGCAUCAGGCCAGCAUUCGGACUUACGGAGCCUAUCUGCGAUCCAAGACAUGUCUGCUGAGCAGAGCUCAGUACCAAGUGAAAAACUUCCUACUCUGAAGCUACUGGAAGACAGCAAAGGGCCAUACAGUAAUGGGAUACUGGAAGAGGAUGGUCCAGACUUGCAUCAUGAGUGUAGCAGGGCAGCAGGGAUGGAUGGAGAUCACUCAGGAGGUUCGCAUGUAAAUAGCGUGGAUUUUGUGGACAGUGGCUGUGCCAUGAGGAAGACAGUGACUCGCCAGAGCUCUAAGCUAGGAGGAGAAUCCAGCAAGUCCGACUUCAUUAUCUGGGAAAUAGAGGUCCCAAAGGAACUAGUUGGCCGCUUGAUCGGCAAACAAGGAAGAUACAUGAGCUUCUUGAGGCAAGCAUCUGGUGCCAAAAUUUAUGUCUCGACACUACCUUAUUUCCGUGACUCCCAAGUCUGUCACAUCGAAGGCUCCCCACAUCAAGUAGAAAAAGUACUAAGCCUGAUUGGCAAGAAGUUCAAAGAGCUGUGUCUCACCAACAUCUACGCUCUACCUCCACCAACACCAUUGACGCUUCAUUCCCUCCUUAUGACUGCCUGGCUGUUCCUCCCAGAUGGAGUCACUGUAGAAGUGGUCGUGGCAAACCAAGUCGAUGCAGGGCACAUGUUUCUACAGCAGCACACACACCCCACUUUCCAUGUCCUGCGUAGCCUGGACCAGCAGAUGUACGCCUGCUAUUCUCAGCCUGAAAUUCCCACCCUGCCAACUCCAGUAGAAGUUGGUAUUAUCUGCGCUGCUCCGGGCGUGGAUGGGGCAUGGUUACGGGCUCAAGUUAUUAGCUACUUCGAAGAGACCAGUGAAGUGGAGCUCCGAUACGUGGACUACGGAGGAUAUGACAAAGUGAAGAUCGACACACUCAGACAAAUCAGGUCUGAUUUUUUAUCACUACCUUUCCAAGGAGCAGAAGUUUUACUGGACAACGUGGUGCCACUUCCAGACGAGGAUCACUUUUCAUCCGAAGCCGACGCCGCUGUGAGAGAGAUGACUAGAGGCGCAGUGCUAGUGGCACAGGUCACAAAUUAUGACAGCGCAACAGGUCUGCCACUGAUACAGCUGUGGAACUUGAUGGGAGAUGAGGUGGUGUCAAUAAACAGAACUCUGGUGGAAAGAGGAUUUGCUCAGUGGCUUGACUACUAGUGAUGUCCUAGAUGCCUCGACAACUCUUUC